AUGGCAACUCACGCUACUUACCCCAGUCUACGGGACAAGACCGUGCUCAUUACAGGCGGUGCAGAAGGCAUUGGCGCUGCUACAGUGGAGUUGUUCACGCUACAGGGCAGCCAGGUCAUCUUCAUCGACAUCGCCGAGGACUCGGCGAAAAAGACAAUUGACCGCGCUGUAUCGCGCGCCAAAGACGCCAAUGUUCAAGCCAAGGCGCCCAUAUUCUACAGCUGCAGCGUGUCAGAUUUACCAAGGUUACAAGACACGGUCAAGAGAAUCCAAGAUCAACAUGGCAUGAUACAUAUCUUGGUCAACAAUGCUGCGGCUGCUGGAAACAGAGCCAGACUAGAAACAGAAAAUGUCAGGCCUGAAGAUUGGGAAGCCAACAUCAACACCAAUCUCCGGCAUGUUUUCUUCAUGAGCCAAGCUGUUCUUCCGGCUAUGAGAGAGGCUAAAACCGGGAGCAUCGUCAAUCUUGGGUCAAUCACCUGGCGCAUCCCCGCUCAAGGAACUCCUGUCUACGGCACAUGCAAGGCGGCAAUAAUGGGUCUGACGCGUACUCAGAGUAAAGAAUAUGGCAAGUACAAUGUUCGCAUCAAUAGUGUUAUGCCUGGUGCCAUUGCGACCCAGCGACAGAGGGAUGAGGUUCUCACGCCCGAAUAUCGGGAGGAAGUUAUGCGCGGCCAGAGUUUGCAGCGAGAUCUAGAGCCGGAGGAAGUAGCUAAAGUGGUUGUGUUCUUGGGUAGUGACGAAGCUAGUGGAGUGACGGGCAGUUCGUAUGUUGUUGAUGGCGAUAUGCCGACCGAGCAUGGUUCAACUAUCUAUAAGAAUGACCAUCCCGUAAUCGAUGCCGGAUCGGUCAUGGUUCUCCGUCAAGCAGGCUGCCUCAUCUUCGGUAAAACGACAACAACCGAGUUUGCCGCAUCCUUCACGGGUCCAGCUACCCGCAACGCGCACAGUAUUUCUCAUACCCCUGGAGGCUCGUCAGCCGGUUCAGCCGCCGCCGUAGCAGACUUUCAGAUCCCCAUAGCUCUUGGUUCACAAACUGUAGGCUCCAUUGUCCGACCAGCUGCAUUCAACGGCAUCUACGGUUUCAAGCCUACGUGGGGAGCUAUCACGAGAGAGGGACAGAAGUUCUGUGCCCCAACUGUUGAUACUAUUGGCUUCUUUUCCCGAAGCGUUUCGGAUCUUGAGAUACUAAGUGACAUAUUUGCUUUACACGAUGAUGAGAUCAGCACGUUUGCUUUAUACGAUGAGGAGAGUGACACCUUUGGUAGUAUCAAAGGAUUGAAAUUUGCUGUAUGUCGGACGUCGAAGUGGGAGUUGGCUGGAGAGGGCACGAUCGCGGCUAUGGAUAAAGCUGUAGAGCUUCUCAAAGCACACGGCGCCGAAGUUGAAGAGCUUGAUCUCGGUCCAGACUUUGAACAAGUUAUUGACUGGCACUUUACUCUUGUGCGUCUUGAGGGUGCGACGAGUCUGUGGCCGGAGUAUUGCCAAGAUAAAGGCAAGCUGGAUCCAGUGUUGGCGAAAGGUGUUCGAGAGAGGCACAAGAUCUCACGAAAGGCUCAGCUGGAUGCUUAUGAUGGGCUUGCAGCUCUACGACCCCGAUUCGAUACUAUAGUAGCUAAGUAUGCCGCUGUGCUAGCUCCGAGUGUCUUCGACGAAGCUCCUGAAGGCCUCGGGAACACAGGAAGCCCUGUUUUCGCAGCGACUUGGACUGCGUUACAUACACCAGUGGUCAAUAUUCCAGGUUUUCGUGGGAAGAGUAACUUACCUGUUGGAGUUUCUCUUGUGUCUGCGAGACUUCGUGAUCGUCACCUCCUCAAGGUGAGCGAGGCUGUUGGUCACAUCUUCGAGGCAGAGGGUGGAUGGAACAAACAGUCCAGGUCAGGUUAG